CCCCCGCCUCUCACCCCAUCCCCAACCAUCACCCUACAGCCUCCACCAUCAUACCCUCCGCCUCCCACCCCAUCUCCCACCGUCACACCCUCCACCUCACCCCCCCCUCCCCCCAUCCCCAACCAUCACCCUACAGCCUCCACCAUCACACCCUCCGCCUCCCACCCCAUCUCCCACCGUCACACCCUCCGCCUCACCCCAUCCCCAACCAUCACCCUACAGCCUCCACCAUCACACCCUCCGCCUCCCACCCCAUCUCCCACCGUCACACCCUCCGCCUCUCACCCCCCCCCCAUCUCCCACCGUCACACCCUCCGCCUCACCCCAUCCCAAACCAUCAUCCUACAGCCUCCACCAUCACACCCUCCGCCUCCCACCCCAUCUCCCACCAUCACACCCUACAGCUUCCCACCCCAUCUCCCACUGUCACACCCUUUGCCUCUCACCCCAUCCCCAACCAUCACCCUACAGCCUCCACCAUCACACCCUCUGCCUCCCACCCCAUCUCCCACCAUCACACCCUACAGCUUCCCACCCCAUCUCCCACUGUCACACCCUUUGCCUCUCACCCCAUCCCCAACCAUCAUCCUACAGCCUCCACCAUCACACCCUCCGCCUCCCACCUCAUUUCCCACCAUCACACCCUACAGCCUCCCACCCCAUCUCCCACCAUCACACCCUACAGCUUCCCACCCCAUCUCCCACUGUCACACCCUUUGCCUCUCACCCCAUCCCCAACCAUCACCCUACAGCCUCCACCAUCACACCCUCUGCAUCCCACCCCAUCUCCCACGUCGCACCCUGCAGCCCUCAACUUCCACCUCAUCUCCCACUGUCCCUCUACAGUCCCCUCCUGCCGCCCCAUCUCCCACCAUCUUCCAUUGUCACCCCACAGCCCCCUUCCUCAUCCCAUCUCCCACCAUCACAGCCUACAGCCACCACCCGUCCCCGAGCUCCAUCAAACCCUACACCUGGCUUCCACCCCUUCUCCCACCAUCACACCCUAGAGCCCCCUCCUACCACCUCAUCUCCCACUAUCAUAUCCUACAGCUGCCUACCACCACCACUUUUCCUCCGUCACACCCUACACCCCACCACCACAGAAUCUCACCAUCACACCCAUAGUCCUUUCUUGCCCCCCCAUCUCCCACUAUCACCAUAGAGCCACCUCUAUCCACCCCAUCUCACACUGUCACACCAUACAGGUGCCUCUUUCCACCCUGUCUCCCACUGUUGCCCUACAACUCCCUUCUUCAGCCCCGUCUCCCACCAUCACACCCUACAGCCCCCUCCUUCCAUCCUCAUCUCUCUCCAUCGCAGCCUACACCUCACUUCCACCCCAUCUCCCACCAUCACACCCUACAGCCAUCUUCCAUCAUCUCCCACUGUCACACCCUAUAGCGCCCUCCUUCCAUCCUCAUCUCUCACCAUCACACCCUACACCUCAUUUCCCACCAUCACCCUACAGUGCCUUCCAACCCCAUCUCCCACCGUCACACCUUACAGUCUCCUCCUGCCACCCCAUCUUCCACCAUCACACCCUACAACCACCUCCCACCCUAAUCUUCGACUGUCACACCCUACAGCGCCCUCCUUCCACCCCAUCUCACACCUUACAGCCACUUCCUUCCACCGCAUCUCCUACACUCACAACCUACAGCCACCACUUGCCCCCGAUUUCCCACCAUCACACCCUAUAGCUGCCUCCUUCCAUCUACAGCCCUCGCCAUCCCCUCAGGUCUGCCUCCUUGCCACCUGCCAUCUCCCUGUGCCCCUCCUCUCUCCCCAUCCCUCCCUGCCAUGGCUCCUCAUCUACAGCCCUCCCCAUCCCCUCAGGUCUCUGUGCCUCCCCAUUCUGGCCUUCACUCUCUCCAUCUCCGCCCCAUUCCCCAGCCCCAGGGCAUUUCCUGGCCUCAGUCUCACUUGACUCCACCUCUUGCCCCCCUCAACGCCU